AUGGACCACUACAGCACUGUCUUCUUCAAUGGCACGAUCAAUUUUAAAGAGAAAUGGGCCGGACCACCCAGCGAUGCUAGAGACAAGCUAUGGCAGAGCAUGAUUUACGCAGACGUCUGGAUACCAAUUACCGACGAGGAUGUCAAGAACAUGGGCAAAGAUCCAAAGUCUGUGACCCGUGUUCCUCCACAGUAUCGCAACGACUAUGGUGAUGGAGCCUUAGUCGUAUUGGAUUUUGCUCAUCAAAUGCAUUGCCUGGACCUUGUUCGAAAAUACACCUACUAUGACUACUAUAUGGAGAAGCAAGAUGAGGAGGCUUUCAGCAAUCCCCCUCACGUACUGCGUGUACACAUAGACCAUUGCAUCGACAUGCUUCGUCAAUUUGUCAUGUGUAAUGCCGAUCCCGGCCUAGUUACUUAUUUUUGGGUCGAAGGUCGUCCGACUCCGUAUCCCGACUUUUCUAUGCAAAAGCAGUGUAAGGACCCUCAUGCAAUUCUACAAUGGGCGCAGGAGAAAAGAAUACCAGGUUACAAACCGGUUGACCCAAGUCCCGGAGAGGUCAUUUUACCGUGGGACCCUAAGAUUCUGUAG